CUCCGGCCAAGAAGGGUGGGAAUGAGGCUGGGCUAGGCCCCAGCUUAAAAGCCAGGAGCCCGGCAUCGCCACCCCUGCCUCCAGCUGCCCGGCUCCUCCAGCCCUGCGCAGGCUGAGGCUCUCCCCAGCCCUCUCCUCCGCUCCUCAGCCGGCACACGCUCAGCCUGGGCCAUGCCUCCUCCUCCGGGCUCUGACGAGCUGGUUUUCUUCGUGAACGGGAGGAAGGUGACAGAGCGGGAUAUCGACCCGGAGGUGACCCUGCUGACCUUCCUGCGAAGGAACCUUGGCCUCACGGGGACGAAGUCGGCCUGCGGAGGCGGAGGCUGCGGCGCCUGCACGGUGAUGCUGUCCCGGCACGACCCGGCCUCCGGGAAGCCGAGACAUGUCUCCAUCCCUGCGUGCCUGGUGCCCCUCUGCUCGCUGCACGGGGCGGCCAUCACCACCGUGGAAGGCGUGGGCAGCAUCAGAACCAGGGUCCACCCCGUGCAGGAGAGGAUCGCCAGGAGCCACGGCACGCAGUGUGGCUUCUGCACGCCCGGGAUGGUGAUGUCGCUGUACACGCUGCUCCGCAACCACCCGCAGCCCUCCGAGGAGCAGCUGGCGGACGCCCUGGCAGGGAACCUGUGUCGCUGCACCGGCUACCGGCCGAUUCUCGAGAGCGGCAGGACCUUCUGCUCGGACUCGCAUGGCUGCGGGCAGAGUGGAGCUGGGUGGUGCUGUCUGGACCGGCCGGGGGAUGACUCCUCCCCACCGGGGAGCAGUGGCCUGCAAGCUCAUGUGUGCUCGGAGUUGCUGCCCAAAGCCGAGUUCCAGCCCUGGGACCCCAGCCAGGAGCCCAUCUUCCCCCCAGAGCUCACGCGGAUGGCGGAGAGCCCGGAGCGUCGCAGCCUGACCUUUCGUGGAGACAGAGUCACCUGGGUGUCCCCCGGGGGCCUGCGGGAGCUGCUGGAGUUGAAGGCACAGCACCCCGAAGCCCCCCUGGUGCUGGGCAACACGGCCCUGGGCCCCGCCAGCAAGCCCCACGGCCGCGUCCACCCGCUGCUCAUCUCUCCCGCUCGGGUCCCGGAGCUGAGCGCUGUGACCGAAUCCAGGGACGGCCUGACCAUCGGUGCGGGCUGCAGCCUGGCCCAGCUGCAGGACGUCCUGGCCAAGAGCAUCUCCGAGCUCCCGGAAGAAAAGACGCAGACGCUGCGAGCCCUCGCGACGGCCCUGCGCAAGCUGGCUGGCCAGCAGGUCCGCAACCUGGCGUCUCUAGGGGGCCACGUCAUGAGCCGGCAGAGCUCCUCGGACCUGAACCCCAUCCUGGCUGUGGGCAGAGCGGCCCUCCAUCUGCUCUCAGAAGGAGGUGCCAGGCUGAUGCCGCUGGACGAGCUCUUCCUGGCGGGAACGGCGAGCGCCGGCCUGCGGCCCGGGGAGAUCCUGGAGUCCGUGCACGUCCCAUACUCGCGGAAGAGAGAAUUCGUGUCCGGCUUCCGGCAGGCCCAGGCCCCGCAGAAUGCCAUGCCGCACGUGAGCGCGGGCAUGCGCGUGCUGCUCGCAGAGGGCACCAAUGCCAUCGAGGACCUGAGCAUCGCCUACGGCGGGCUGGGCGCCACCGCAGUCAUGGCACCGCGGUCCUGCCAGCAGCUCCUGGGCAAGCCCUGGACCGAGGAGACGCUGGACGAGGCCUGCAGGCUGGUCCUGGGCGAGGUCGCCAUCCCCGGCCCGGCCCCUGGCGGCAGGGUGGAGUUCCGGAGGACCCUGCUGGUCAGCUUCCUGUUCAGGUUCUACCUGCAGGUUCUGCGGGAACUGAGGAGGGGCCGGGCCCCAGGGGCCCCGAGCACCCUGAGCGUGAGUGUGCAGCACUGGGACAUCUGGCGGUAUCCCCGGCUCCCAGACCAGUCGCUCGGUGCGCUGGAGGACCUCCCUGUCACGGUGCCCCAGGGCAUGCAGACGUAUCAGAGAGUGGACCCUCAGCAGCCAUCCCAAGACCCCGUAGGCCGCCCAGUCAUGCACCUGUCCGGCCUGAAGCAUGCCACAGGGGAGGCAGUGUUCUGUGACGACCUCCCCAGGGUGGACAGAGAGCUGUCCAUGGCCUUGGUGACCAGCACCAGGCCUCACGCGAGGAUUGUGUCGGUGGACCCGGCCGAGGCCCUCAGGCUCCCCGGGGUGGCUGAUGUGAUAACGGCCAAGGACAUCCCAGGCACCAACGGCACAGAGGAUGACAGGCUGCUGGCUGUGGACGAGGUGCUGUGCGUGGGCCAGGUCAUCUGUGCUGUGGUGGCAGAGACGGACGAGCAGGCGAAGAGAGCGACUGAGAGGGUCCGGGUCACCUACGAGGACCUGGAGCCCGUCGUCUUCAGCAUCCAGGAUGCCAUGAGGCAGAAUUCCUUCCUGUGCCCCGAGAAAAAGCUCGAGCAAGGCAAUGUGGAGGAGGCAUUCGAGAAAGCAGACCGCGUCAUUGAAGGGGAGGUGCACGUCGGGGGGCAGGAGCAUUUCUACAUGGAGACCCAGAGGGUGCUUGUCAUCCCCAAGGCUGGGGAUGGAGAGCUGGACAUCUACGCGUCCACUCAGGACCCCGCCCACGUGCAGAAAACAGUGUCCUUGACCCUGAACGUCCCCCACAACCAGGUCACCUGCCACGUGAAGCGCGUGGGCGGGGGCUUCGGGGGCAAGGUGGGAAAGCCGGCCGCGCUCGGGGCCAUCGCAGCGGUGGGCGCGAUCAAAACUGGUCGUGCCGUGCGUCUUGUCCUUGAUCGUGAAGAUGAUAUGCUAAUAACCGGGGGAAGGCACCCGUUAUUCGGAAAAUAUAAAGUGGGCUUCAAGGACAGCGGGCGGAUCAAAGCGCUGGACAUCGAGUGCUACAUUAACGGGGGCUGCACGCUGGGCGACUCUGAGCUGGUGACAGAAUUUCUCAUACUAAAGCUGGAAAAUGCAUAUAAAAUCCGAAACCUCAGGUUCCGGGGCCGGGCGUGCAGGACCAAUUUACCGUCCAAUACGGCAUUUCGUGGAUUUGGCUUCCCCCAAGGAGCCCUGGUGACGGAGGCGUGCAUCACAGCCGUGGCAGCCAAGUGCGGCCUUCCGCCAGAAAAGGUCAGGGAGAAGAACAUGUACAAGACGGUGGACAAGACCAUCUACAAGCAAGCGUUCAGCCCCGAGCCCCUGCGCCAGUGCUGGGCCGAGUGCCUGGAGCGGGCUGACCUGCCGGGCCGGCGGGCGCGGGCAGACGCCUUCAACCAGCAGAACCCCUGGAGGAAGCGGGGCGUCGCUGCGGUCCCCAUGAAGUUCUCAGUGGGCUUCGCGGCCACCAGCUACCACCAGGCAGCAGCGCUGGUGCAUGUCUACACGGACGGGUCUGUGCUGGUCGCACAUGGCGGCAGUGAGCUGGGACAGGGCAUCCAUACCAAGAUGCUACAGGUGGCCAGCCGGGAGCUGCGUGUGCCCAUGAGCCGCCUGCACACGCAGGAGACCAGCACGGCGACCGUGCCCAACACAGUGGCCACCGCUGCGUCCAUCGGCGCCGACGCCAACGGCAAGGCCGUGCAGAACGCCUGUCAGACCCUGCUGAAACGCCUUGAACCCAUCAUUAAGAAAAAUGCAGAAGGCACCUGGGAAGACUGGAUAGAAGCAGCAUUUGAACAAAGAAUCAGUCUCUCAGCCACUGGAUACUUCAGGGGCUACAAGGCCUUCAUGGACUGGGAGAAGGGCGAGGGCGAGCCCUUCCCUUACUACGUCUUCGGGGCCGCCUGCUCAGAGGUGGAGAUCGACUGCCUGACGGGCGCGCACAGGAAACUCAGGACGGACAUCGUCAUGGACGCGGGCUGCAGCCUGAACCCGGCCCUGGACGUCGGACAGGUGGAAGGCGCGUUCCUCCAGGGCGCCGGCCUCUACACCUCCGAGGAGCUGCACUACUCCCCCGAGGGGGCGCUGCUGUCCCGGGGCCCUGCCGAGUACAAGAUCCCCACUGCAGCCGACGUCCCCGAGGAGCUCAACGUGACCCUGCUGCCCUCAUCGCAGACCCAGCUCACCCUCUACUCCUCCAAGGGCCUCGGGGAGUCCGGGAUGUUCCUGGGGUCAUCGGUGUUCUUUGCCAUCAGUGACGCGGUGACUGCGGCACGCAGGGACAGAGGCCUCGCCGAGGACUGCACAGUGAGGAGCCCGGCCACGCCGGAACGGGUCCGCAUGGCCUGCCAGGACCGCUUCACAGAAAUGAUCCCGAGGGAGGACCCCGGGACAGCUAAGCCUUGGUCCAUCCCAAUAGCAUAACCCUGUGACCUGCUGAAAGGUGAAAAGAUGGCUUCUUAAUCAUAACUCCAAGCAGAUAUUCUUAUACUAUGGUGGAGGAAAAAAGUACAAAAUUUAGAAACAUGAUUCAAGCCUAAUUACAUUAACAAGAUGAAUGAUUGUUUACAAAUGCUUAGAAUCCUCGGCCCGGAGGCCAGAAAGGACUGCAGCAUCCACACAAGCGGGCUUAAUGAUUUUCUUCUGGAAAGAUCGUGGAAACACUGCUGCAAAAGCAAAUUCUCCCUCUCCGUGUCCAGCGAUCUAACUGACGGGCCACAUCACAAGCACUGGCGGUGGGCAGCACUGGUAGAGAAGCCGUGAGAAUUUCCCUGGCGCUGCGCUCCCUCCAGAACCCCAGCGCCGCGCCCACGCCCUCCGCAGCGCUCUGUCCCGUGGUCCCCAGCGCAGCGCCCACGCCCUCCGCAGCGCUCUGUCCCGUGGUCCUGUGGCUUGGCUGAGGCCUGUGCACCUGCGUCUGAUGGCGCAGGAAUGAUUUUUCCGUGGGUAGAACAACCGUUCCGCUGGCUCGCCUCCCUUUGGGAUGUGGAAGGGGAAAAGAGUGCAAACAUUUUCAGUGCAUUAUCACAAAACCCUUGGUUCGUUUUCGGUUUUGCUGACGAAAAACAUCUGAUCCGGUGUCAGCGUUUCGGAAGUGUUGGGUGGCUCCAUCUCCCGCACACUGAAUUGGUGACCCAGAGCGAAUGAAUCAGGAAUCAGGGUCACACGGUUUAAGGGGGCAGGGAGGCAUGCUGGCAUUGCAUGUGCUAAGCCCUGAGUUCAAUCCCUAGCCCCGCAGAAAUAAAAAUGCAAACAUCAAAAGAAGGAAGCACGCAGGAUCCAUGAGAUUCUGUUGAGCUUUAGGGACUCAGAGGAGGAGUCGGGAUCAGUUUGGCCCAUUUUGGCCGAGUCUGGAGGAAAAUGGCAGAAUCCACAGCUCAGCGUCACCUCCUGGCAGAGAGUGAUGCGAGAGCAGGUAUCGUAUCAAGUCUUAGGGCUGCGGCCUCCUUCUCCUGGAGGGACAGGGACAGCUGGCCUCUAGUCCAUCUGCCGACUUGAGAGGGUCCACUAGGCCAGGAGCCCACAGGAGGGAGCAGGACAGAGAAGAAAAGAGACGGGGCAGGAGGUCACAGGCAGGACGGACGUUACGAGGCCACCCAGGGCAGCAGAGCUGGGACUCGGUGGGACGGCUGGGGUGAAACAAGCUGAAAGUAAUGCAAUUUUAAAAGCUCUUUUGCAAAUAAAUCCUUGACUGUGUAAUCAAAUA